AGUUGUCAUUUCUCACAUUUCAUAACCUAUAAAAAAAUUUCCGGUAAACGUUUUUAAUUGCGGUCUCUUUUGGAUAAAUUUAUAAAAAAUGGCAUUAUUUAGAGCUAAACGAUCUGAAAUGCCUGCUGAUGCUGUAUUAUUAAGUGAGGAGGAUGCCUUAAAGUAUCAAGUUAAUAUUAUGCAUAAAUGGAAAAAUAAGAGUGAAACGUUUUGUUAUCGUAAAGGAGUUCUACUUCUUACAACUUUUGGGGGAUUAGCUGGGAUUUAUAUUAAUAAUUAUUACAGAAAUAAAUUUCGAUUACGUAGAAUAGGAGCUGUUACAACCUAUAUACCUAUUGUUGCAUUACCUGCAACUUUAUCGUUUCUUUUUCAUGCUCAGUUUGUUUUACCUGAUGUUACAUUACAAAAAUCUUGUGCUAUUUGUACUGAAUUAAGAGCAAGUGCUUUCCAAGCUUUCAGUGGUUCAUUAUUACCAACAAUUUUAGCUCCUUUAUCAGCAUUAUCCCUUGCAGUUCAAUAUAACACCUACGAUGUUCCCUACAUCACAAAAGAACCACUAAAAGUUUUAAAAAUUAUUCAAAAAUUAACCAGGCCAGCUGCAAAUACAUUAUUUGGAAUUUUUGUGGGUCAAGCUCUUUUAGCUUCAAUUGUAACUUUUUAUGAGUCAAAAGAUGUCUUUAAAGUAUCUGAAAAAUUGGCAAAAUUGGAGUUCGAACUGGAACAUGGAGUGCACCCACCCUCAGUAAAUUAAAUGAAUAUAUUUAUUUGUUUAAACGUAGAAAGAAAUUGUGUACUAAUAAAAACAAUUUACAAUAA